AUGAAGGAAGCACCACCAAGUUAUCAGUCUCUUUUUAAUGGAUUGGACUCAAAAAGCAAGUCAUUCAUCAAGAACAUCCGUCGAUACAAUUCCAUGUUCUCAUUUACUUCCAUUGGUGGAAAAGUUGAUAAAUCCAUUAACAAAGGCAAUGCUCCUUAUAUAUUCCGAUUGGGUGGUCAGAAUUACCAUAGAAUGGGAAGUCUUCUUCCAGAGGACGGAUCUAAACCGAAAUUCUCCCAGCUUUAUAUAUAUGAUACUGACAAUGAACUUUCAAAUAGACAAUCUGCUUUUGGUGAAUCUAAUAGAGCUUCUUCAACAAAGUCUUUGGAUCUUGAUCUUCAAGUUAUACAACAUAUACAGAAUAUGUUAGACUCUGAGAAUGUUUUGGUUAAAACAUAUCGCAUGGUAAGAGAUUUUUUUAAAGAUAACUGUAAUGCUGAGCUAAAGUUGCGGCUAAUUGGAAGAAGGCAACAAGAUGGAAGAACAUACAACUUACCAACUGCUUCUGAAGUGGCAGCUUUAAUUGUUGGUGACAUUGGCGAUUCCUUAGAAAACAGAGAUAUUAUUGUAGAAACGAAAUCUGGUGGUCUACAACGUAUUAGUGAGUUACAUCCAUCUUAUCUUGCUCUCCAGUAUCCACUUUUGUUUCCUUAUGGUGAUGAUUGCUACAGAAUUGAUAUUCCUCAUAGAGGUGUUACUCCUUCUACAUCAACCAAACGAACAUAUGUCACUAUGAGAGAAUUCUUUGCAUACAGGAUACAAGAUAGGCAUGGUGUUUUUUCAUUAAUUCUAAAUUCACGUCGCCUAUUUCAACAAUUCUUAGUUGAUGCGUAUACCAUGAUUGAGACUGAGCGACUAAAUUACAUACGUUUUCAACAGAAGGUUCUAAGAUGUGAUACUUUUGAGAACCUCUCGAAUUUACGUAACCAUGGUAAUAUAAAUGUAUCCAACACUGGAAAGCGUGUCAUAUUGCCUUCGUCAUUCACUGGAGGUGCUCGCUAUAUGAUGCAGAACUAUUUGGAUGCAAUGUCUCUGUGUAAGUGGUAUGGAUAUCCAGAUGUUUUUAUUACCGUGACAUGCAAUCCUAAAUGGCCGGAAAUUAAAAGAUUCCUUAAUAACACCAAUUUAAGUCCUGAAGACAGGCCUGAUAUCCUCUCUAGAUUGUUUAAAAUCAAGCUCAAUGCUUUGAUUAAAGACUUGAAGGAUAACUCAAUAUUUGGCAAAGUUUCAGCAGUUGUUUAUACGGUGGAGUUUCAGAAGCGUGGGUUGCCGCAUGCGCAUAUAUGUUUAUUUAUGCAUCCCGAUCACAAGUUUCCAACUGUUGAACACAUUGAUCCCCUCAUUUCUGCUGAAAUUCCUGACCGAAACGAUGAUCCAGAGUUGUAUACUCUUGUCAGUGAUUUCAUGAUUCAUGGUCCUUGUGGUCCUCACAACGUCAACUGCCCAUGCAUGGUAGAUAAUAAGUGUUCUAAGGGCUUUCCAAAGAGAUUCCGUGAUCAUACGUCUGUCGACAUUGAUGGUUUUCCUCUCUAUAGAAGAAGAGAUUCAGGAAUGUUUGUUGAAAAAUCUGGAGUUAUGCUAGAUAACAGAUUUGUUGUUCCCUACAACAAAACACUGUUGAAGAGAUAUCAGUCCCACAUCAAUGUUGAAUGGUGCAAUCAAGCUGGAUCUAUAAAGUAUUUGUUUAAGUAUAUCAACAAAGGGCCUGAUCGUGUUACUGUUUCUAUUGUUGAAAGUAACACAUCAAACGAACCUGACCCGCCGGUUGAUGAGAUUAAAAAAUACUAUGAUUGUCGUUAUUUGUCUGCAUGUGAGGCAUCAUGGCGUAUAUUCGCAUUUGAUGUUCACUAUAGGCACCCAGCUGUUAUUCGUCUCCCGUUUCAUCUUCCGAACCAACAAAAUGUUGUAUACGGUGAAGACGAUGAUAUUGACUUAGUCCUCAAUCGGCCGUCAAUGAAUUGUUCAAUGUUUUCAGCUUGGAUGGAUUGUAACCAAAGAGAUGAAGUUGCCCGAGAGCUUACUUAUGUUGAAUUCCCUACUAAGUUUGUGUUUAAAAAGGAUGAACGUUGUUGGAAACGUCAGAAACCGGGUGGUUUUACAAUUGGAAGAAUUCAUGUUGUUUCUCCUACUCUUGGUGAGGCAUAUUUUUUGAGGAUUCUUUUAAACAAACUUAAAGGUCCUCGAUCCUUUGAUGAUAUCCUCACUGUAAAUGGUCGUAAAUUUAAUACCUUUAGAGAAGCAUGUUAUGCUCACGGUCUACUAGAUGAUGACAUGGAAUAUAUAGAAGCUAUCCAAGAAGCAAGUCAUUCAGGAUCCGGUUAUUAUCUUCGCACACUCUUUGCUACGAUGUUGACGUGCCAGACUCUGUCUUUGCCGGAACGUGUAUGGCAAAAAACAUGGGAAUUAUUAUCAGAUGGCAUCCUCUAUAAACAACGACAAAUUUUAAAGUCUCCAGAUUUAUGCCUCACUGAUGAUGAAGUUAAAAAUCUCACUUUGUACGAGAUUGAGAAGAUUUUAAUUCGUAAUAAUUCCAGCUUACGAAAUUUUAAUACAAUGCCUUAUCCUGAUCAUGAGUUGAUUUCUACUUCAAAUAAUCGUUUGAUUACUGAAGAGUUGGAUUAUGAUAGAAUUGAUCUUCAAGAGCAGUUUGAGAACCUUUUAGUUUCAUUAACCGAUGAACAAAGAUUUAUUUAUGAUGAUAUCAUGAAAGCGGUUGAAGACAAUAAAGGUGGUGUUUUUUUUGUUUAUGGUUAUGGAGGUACCGGUAAAACAUUUCUUUGGAAAACGUUAUCUGCAUCUCUAAGAUCAAAAGGGGAAAUUGUUUUAAAUGUUGCCUCAAGUGGGAUUGCAUCUUUGCUUCUUACAGGAGGUAGGACAGCUCACUCUCGAUUUCUCAUUCCGAUUAAUCUGAACGAAGACUCAAUGUGUACUAUAAUCCCUAAUAGUGAUGUUGCAAAUCUAUUAAAGAAAACAUCAUUGAUUAUAUGGGACGAAGCGCCCAUGGUACACCGACAUGGUUUUGAAGCUUUGGAUAGAACUCUAAAAGACAUAUUGAAAUGUGAUGGUUCUCAUAAUUCCCAAAGUCCAUUUGGAGGUAAAACAAUCGUAUUUGGUGGAGAUUUCCGACAAACUCUUCCUGUCAUUCAAGGUGGUACUAGACAAGACAUUGUUAAUGCUUCGUUGACUUCUUCGUACAUAUGGGACCACUGCAAAGUACUCACUUUAACUAAGAACAUGAGGUUGACUGCAGGAAGUGGAAUGCAUGAUGUUGAGCAAAUACGAAUGUUUGGUCAGUGGUUGUUGGAUUUGGGUGAAGGAAACUAG